AUGACAGAAAAGAGGAUUGUUUUAAUCACCGGUGGCAACACCGGGAUCGGUUACGAGGCCGUCAAGGCACUCCUACAGUCUGAUCGGGCGUAUAUCAUUCUCAUGGGAAGCCGCUCGGUCGAGAACGCGAAGACAGCGGCUCGGAGGCUGGAGACGGAGGUUCCGAAUACACUGAGUGCAGUUGAGCCGGUACAGGUGGACAUCGCCAGCGACGAGUCCAUCAAAAUGGCAUUGGAGCAUGUGAAGGCGUCUCAUGACCACAUUGAUGCGCUCGUUAACAAUGCGGGUGGCCAGUUUGACUGGGAGUACCAGCAGGGCAGUAUCACAUUGAGAGAGUCUUGGAAUAAGGCUUUCGAUGUCAACGUGUCUGGGACACACAUCAUGACGCACGUUUUCAUGCCGCUACUGCUCAAGUCUUCUGAUCCUCGCUUGUUAUUCAUCACCAGUGGCCUGUCUAGCCUCCAGAACACAAGCGAGAGAUUCUACCCGGAUCCUCAUCCGCCACCACCCGGGUGGCCGAAGACCUUCGACUUCGAUACUAUGGCGUAUCGUUCGAGCAAGACAGCUCUGAAUAUGAUGAUGCUGAACUGGUCGUGGAGACUGACUAGGGAUGGGGUAAAGACCUGGUGCGUUUCUCCGGGUUUUCUUGCGACGGGAUUAGGUAACGACCAUGAGCUGCUAAAGGCGAGAGGCGCUGGUCAUCCGAGUAUCGGUGGCAACUUCAUUAGAAAUGUCAUAGAGGGCCUAAAGGAUGCGGACAUCGGAAAGAUUGUACAUAGCAGCGGUCAAGUCCAACCUUUCUGA